AUGACAUCCACUCCAGGGACCAGCUACACCUCAAUUCCAAACCAGAAAUACAGAUGCCGUAACCGUCGCUCCAGACAGCGCUGCAACACCUUGGACACAGAUUCCCAAUCUCUGUCAACACUUGGGUAUUUUCAAACCCUUCCAUUAGAGAUCUUUCAAAUGGUAUUGAAUUAUCUUUCAGUGAAGGAUAUCAGCAUGCUGAGCAUGGUGUCGAAAACCAUCAGCAACCGCCUUGUUAAUUACAUCUCAACCCCAUCAGGAAACCGAAGGCUCUUAUUGCAAGACUUUCAUAACCUUGAGCUACCUGGCAAGAGAGAAGGAUCCUACAUUUUAGAGCACUACAAAUCUCUAGGAUUGUUGCUUAAAAGAUGCACACUUCUAUUGCCUACAAAAGAUAGGCUAAAGUAUAUACACAAGAUUCUCUCAGAAGUUUCCUGUUUUAAACUUAAUGGUUGUCCAAGUCCUUUGCAUUGUUUAGGAUUACAGUGCUAUGGGGUAUUUUUACAGAUCCUAACAGCAGGCUGGGAUGAACUAGAGUGUCACCGAGUUUUUAACUUCCUCUGUGAGCUGAGCAAUUUACCCCGUAAAGUACAGACAGUUGUCAGCAGCAAACCGGGAAGUGCCCGAAAGUUAGAGCUGCGAAUAAGGUUAUACUGUCGUAGCGUCUUAUUGAACCACUGGAUUCAUCGAAGUGAUUCUGCAUUUUGGUUGACUCGUAUUUUAAAGCCAUGGCCCAUGGUCAAUCAAGCUCGCCUGCUGUAUAUCAUCUUUGGGCCAGUGUCCUCUCUUGAUGGACAUGUGGUUUGGCAGAAAAUGAUAGAAGGACCAACAGAUGAGACCAGUCUGAAAGGUCUAGCAGAUGCAAUUAAACUGCUGUAUGAUACAGAAGCUAGAGAAUGGACAGCAGAUGAUGUUAUCAGUCUUGUGGAUGAGCUGUCAGUUGUUCCCCGGGAGUGGCUCAUGGAGAACAAUGCUCGCCUUCUGAUUCUGAGUGGAAACAACAUUUGCUUCACUUUCAUGGCCAGUAAAGCUGUGAAUGGGAGAGCUGUCGAGUUAGCCAGAUUCACAGUCUUCCUGGCUUUGGUCUGUGAGAAGGACCUGUACUGCAUGGACUGGGCAGUAAAAAUGAUGCAGAAGGUUUGCAAAGUUUUCAGCACUCCAGGGGAGAGAAACAACUUUCUGCAGUGUGUGGAGAAUGCCUUCGCUCACAUGAUCAUGGACAUGCUACAGGCAGUACUGUCUGGGGAUCGUGAUGAAGAGGACAGCAGCUUUUUGAAUUUGUUUCACCUCGUAAAUGCACAAGCGAACUUCCAUAAAGAAAUCCUGUACCUGACCAUGAGAGAAAACAGCAACACCAUUUGA